GACUGUAUUAGAUGAUGUUAUUAUUUUUGACGUUAACGUAGAAUCUGAUAUGACGUCAUUAAUAAACGUAAUAACAUUACUUGGUGCUGUUGCUGCAAAUUUACAAAGUUUAGACAUGAAAUCUUUCGUUAAAGUAACAAUGAUUUUUGGUAAAUUAAAUAUGACUUAUAUCUCUGAUAUUAAAAAAACAUCUCCAGAAAAAAUACUUAUGUCAUUUCAACAAAUAACAGAGAAAACCAAUCUUUUAUAUUCCACAGUUUUGGAUCCAAAUAGUAACACGAAAGAAUGGAUAUUAAGAAGUGCUUGUUUAAUUGUAAACGUCAUUAUUAGAUUGACAUCAGCUUACAAUGAAUAUUUAAAUGAUGAUUUUCUCUUUACGUUGACUGAACUUUUAUUGAAAUUAUAUAGGUGUAUCGCUUUUUUAACAAAAAAUAUAACAAAUGAUACGCUGAAAAAUGAUAUUUCAUCAACAACAACGAAUCUUCUUAAUGCUCUAUUGAAAACUAACAACUUUGAUCAAAUUUAUUUUCAAUAUGGAAGAAAAAAGGAUGGUGAUAAAUUAGGUUUUCAUUUAUUAACACUUGCAAUUUUGGAAACAAUUAAUAAAAUUCCAUAUGAUAAACAUUGUAUUUGGAUGUUAGGAACACAAUCGGUAUUCGAUAUUGUUUUCACAAAUUUUAAUUAUUUACAAGAAGAACUUUAUACAGAAGAAUUGCAAUUCACGAGUAAUUACAGUAUCAAUAAAAAACCAUUACAAGAAGAACUUUAUACAGAAGAAUUGCAAUUCACGAGUAAUUACAGUAUCAAUAAAAAACCAUGUUCUAAUGAUCUUUAUACAAUAACUUUGAUAUCGAUUAGUAAAUUCAUUGUUUCUAUACCUUCCCAAAAUUUCCAUGUUGUUGAAAAAAUAUUAUUAAAACAUCUUUUGAGCGGAUACUUUUGGAAUUCUUUACUGAGUUCUGAUGUUUGGUAUCUCAUAGGACGGUACAGUUCAUCUGAUUUAUGUAGUUCUCACGUAAAAUAUUUAAUGCGCACAUAUGCUGUUUUGAUCGAACGUAACAAUACUUUUGAAGUUUGUAUUUUAAAAAAUUUGAUUAGCAGAUUGUAUAAUUUACUACAAGAAAAUGUAAAGCAUUCUGUAGUAAUCGAAUUAGACGAUAUAGAUACGUGUUUGUGGACACAUUUUUCACAAUUGUUACCUAAUCAAACACGUAUGGUAAUAAGUAAACGUUUAGCUUUUAGAAUUAAUAAUAUUCAAGAUUUAGUUAAUAAUUUUUUCGAAGAACCUAGUGAAAAACACUGGUAUCAAUUGAUGAAAUUAAUACCAGCAACAAAUAAAUUUAGUUCUACAAUGGAUACAAAAAUGUUUAACGUUGUGUCCAAAUUAUGGGAAUUUAUUACAAAUAUCAUCGAAGAAUGCGAGUAUAGAUAUUUAUUUAUAUUAUCUGAUUUUUCCAUGAGUAUACUUGAUGGUACUAAAUACGAAUUUUUUAAUAAAGAUUCGAUCAUUAAUGCUAUAAGUAAUUUAUCUUUGCACGCAUUACCUCAUGCUAAAAUAAAAAUAGCAUAUUAUUUAGAAGAUUUAAUUGCAACAUUUAAGAAGUACGAACCUAAUAAUGUGAUUAACGGAGUUGUAAAGAUACAUUCCAGAUUGUUGGAGGAUGAAAACCCGUGGGUGUAUCAAGAAAAUCUCGAAUGUUUCGAUCGUUUUUCAAGUACAUGUCUUAGCGAAGGACUUGUGGUAAAAAUUGCGGAUACCAUUUCUGGAAAAUCAAAAAUUUGCGAUUCCGUACCUGCAUAUCUGUCGCGCAUGCAAUAUUACAAAUUGCAAGAUGUUCGAGAUAUUAAAGUUUAUUUAUUGUGUUUAAUUAAAUAUUUCCUUAAUGGAAGUACGAGGCAUAUUUGUAUGAAUUUCCAAGAUUCCAAAAGAGAUGUAAAGAUACCAAGGAUAGAAACAGAAACAAUCAAAUGUAAUAUUACAUCUCAAGAACUGAAUGAACGUGUAAAUUCGAUAUGCGAGGAAUUAAGAAAUAUUUUAAAAAGGAAGACUGAUAUCAAUGAAGUUUCUUUGCGAAAUUUGCGAACUGUUCUUACAAGACUUACAGAGUGAAUCAAAUGAUGAAAAAACAAGUAUUUUUCUCGUUUUAGAAGCUGAGCAUAGUGAACAUACUGUUGAACAGUAUUAAAGCAAUAGAUUUCAUAAUCAUUUCAUUUUGUUCUCUUGUUACAGAAGGCUUUCUUAAAAGAAAUAAUGAUACACUUGUUUAACAAUUAUAAUAUCGAAUUUAUUAUGUUAUAAUGGUGUUUUAAUGGUGCUUUGUCAUUUUAUAUAAAAUAGGUGUGAAUCUUAAAUGACACAAUCUUAUAUAUUACUAAAUACAUUAGUAACGGCUUAAUAAGCAAAUACAUUACAUUUUGAUUAAUUAAUAAUA